GUGGACAAGCGCUCACAUUUCGUGUUGCUGUAGCGUUAUACUUGGCGCAGAGAUGCUUGGUGGUAACGUCGUGGUUGUGGUUUCAGCCCUUCUUGCGACGUCGACUACCUUUGUGUCGUCCCUUGUGCACUCACGAUCAACCACCCAGCUGUCGCGAGAGUCGUCCGCCUGGCGGCGUCGUAGCCCGAGCGGCACCCGGCGAUAUAGUGAGACGGGACGGAAGCGGGAGCUUACAUGUGGGCUGCAGAUCACGGUGCGCAUACGGGGCAAGAAAAGCCGCGAAGAAGACUACACGAAUCAGGCGUACGACGAGUAUGCAAAGCGGUUACGACCGGUCUUGGCCUUGGACACCCAGUGGCACAAGACCGAUGAUGAUCUCGAAGCUGCCGUGCGGAAGGACCCAGGAGUGGUGGUGUGCCUGGAUGAAGGCGGGCGCCAGAUGAACUCUCCGGCGUUCUCCGACUUCGUCUUCUCGAAGCUCGAGGAAGGAGGGUCGCGCCUCACGUUCGUUGUCGGGGGCGCAGAAGGUUUACCCCCGGGGUUGAAGCAGAAGCCUCCACAUGGAGGGGCAAAAUUAUCCCUAUCGAGCAUGACGUUCACCCAUUUGUGGGCGCGAGCACUGUUGGCGGAGCAGAUCUACAGAGCGUCUGAAAUCCGGCGAGGGUCGAAAUAUCACAAAGAGUAAAAGCAGGUGUAGCGUGCAAUGGAAGAGCUGCUUUCACACGCGCUUCGCCGUUGCCUAUUUUACCCGAGGUGUUGAAGCAACCCGGCGAACAUCAUCAAGCCGGAGAACAUCGUUGGCGUUGCUAGUCCCAUGCUCUACUGAGAUUGACAACGAAGUUGCAAGCAUAGACUUUCAUGCU